UAGCAACCAGAACGUUUUGUUUCCUUUAUUCGGGCUAAGAAUUAAUUUGAACAAGACUUAAGCUGAUCAAAACGAUCCUUCGACAAUUGGCAACGCCGUAACGACUAGCAGUGGAUUGUUGGCCAUUCUUGUUUACGUUAGUGAGUUAAAUAUCGUAAAACAGUUUGUUUACAAAGAAGUCGAAAAUUGCACAAUAUAUCAGAAUUUUGGAAAAAGUGAUUGCAGAGAAAAAAGUAUUAAGUUAUAAAUGAAUCUCAUAACAAAGCAAUUAUAUUUUGAGAAUAGCAAGAGGUUCUGCAGCCAAGAAGAAUCGAUCUAUUAACAAAGCAAAGGCAGUCCAUUAAUUCCUUGGUUGUUUUCAUUCAAGUGCAAGUGUGCGUUGUAAACUUUAGUUUCUCCCUCCCCUCCCCUCCCCACCAAUUACCUAUUAGCUCUACAAGACCAGCGCAACACUCACUAUUUAUUGUUCAUCGUUUCUGCUACUGGUUGUUUCCUUUGUGUUAGCUGUCGUGUUGUUGCGGUGCUGCUGCCCUCUUUAUUGCAACAGAAGUAGAUGAAAGCCAGGUGCAGCUGCAGAGUUUACUACGAAGAGUACUGGUUGUACUUGGUUCAGUUCUUUUAGUGGUGCUUACAGCAACGGACGAAAAAGUAGCAGUUAAGCAAAUUCAAGUUUUAGAAAAUUAAUUUAUAAGUUGCACUGUUAUUGCAAACAGUGAGAAUUUUCGCCCAAUAAAAUACAAAUCAUCAGUAAAGGUGUAAUUAUUUAAUAUCCGGUCAUCCGUUUAUACGGCACGUUCCCCAAGCGAUACAGAAUACAGAAUAUUUGCAUUUUAAAGAAGUAAUUGCAUUGCGUUCGCAUUAAGGGUGCUGGUGCACCUAAACAUUAAUAACAAAUAUUAUCACAGUAUGGCUGCAAACAAAGAGAGUCCAAGUCGCGAUUCAACAACGUCAUCGUCAGCACGUAUUUCGCUGUUAGCAGAAGAAUCUCUCACACGCGAUUACAGUUUAGGCAGCCUGGCCUCAGCUGUCAGUCAGGAUGAAUUUUUCCGUUGUCGCGAUCAUGCGGAGAGUGUACUCAAACGCAUGCAAUUAUAUUUGGAAAAUCAACAGCUGUGUGAUGUGGUCCUUAUAGCGGGCAUAGAUGGCCGAAGAGUGCCUGCCCAUCGUCUAGUUUUAUCUGCAUCAAGCGCGUACUUCUCAGCAAUGUUUACGGGUUCGUUGCGUGAGACCAAGGAGGAAGAAGUGACUUUGGGAGAAGUGCACGGUGAUGCUUUACAGAUUUUAGUACAAUACUGUUAUACCGGUUUUAUUGAAUUACGUGAAGAUACUGUGGAAACAUUAUUAGCGACAGCGUGCCUGUUGCAGUUGAAUGCUGUCGUCACAGCGUGUUGUAACUUUUUGGCAAGACAAUUACAUCCUUCGAAUUGUUUAGGCUUCGCUUUCUUUGCGGAACAGCAAAGCUGUCAUACCUUGUUGCGAUUGGCCAAGGCUUAUACAUGUCAGCAUUUUAUGCAGGUAUGCAAGAAUCAAGAGUUCUUUCAGUUAAAUGCAGAGCAAUUGAGCAAGUUGCUGGCUAGUGAUGAUCUCAAUGUACCAUCAGAACAGGAUGUCUUCCAUUGUUUAAUGUCAUGGAUACAAAAUGAUCCAAGCAAUCGUGACAAACACAUUCCCGAACUAUUGGCUCUAGUCAGGUUGCCACUCUUGCAGCCCUCAUUCAUUAUGGAUCAUGUGGAGAGCGUGUGCGCCUCCAAUGAGUGCCAGCAAUUGGUUAUGGAGGCUUUAAAAUGGCACUUGCUGCCAGAAAGGCGUUGCUUAAUUGCCUCUGAACGUACUAAGCCUCGUAAAUCUACUGUUGGGCGCUUGCUGGCUGUGGGAGGAAUGGAUGCUCAUAAGGGGGCCAUUAGUAUUGAAAGUUAUUGUCCGCGUUUAGAUAAAUGGACCGUUUGGAACAAUAUGUCAGCCAGACGUUUGCAAUUUGGUGUAGCUGUAAUGGAUGAUAAACUAAUUAUAGUGGGCGGGCGCGAUGGUUUAAAGACCCUUAAUACUGUGGAGAGUUUAGACUUGAACACCAUGGGCUGGACGCUUCUAAAUCCUAUGGGCACACAUCGUCACGGUUUAGGCGUGGCUGUGCUCGAAGGACCUUUAUAUGCUGUUGGUGGUCAUGAUGGAUGGAGCUAUCUCAAUACGGUGGAAAGAUGGGAUCCAACGGCUCGCACUUGGAGCUAUGUUGCGCCCAUGUCUUCUAUGAGAUCGACGGCUGGCGUAGCUGUUCUGGGAGGACGUCUUUACGUAGUGGGUGGACGUGACGGUUCUGUUUGCCAUCGUUCCAUAGAAUGUUACGACCCUCACACAAACAAAUGGACUACGCGAACCGCGAUGAACAAAAGACGUGGCGGCGUGGGUGUAGCUGUGGCUCAUGGAUUCCUUUAUGCUUUGGGUGGUCAUGAUUGCCCCGCUAGCAAUCCUUCAGUGUGCCGUACCGAUACAGUUGAACGUUACGAUCCCGGCACUGAUACGUGGACCUUGAUUUGUUCAUUGAGCAUUGGUCGUGAUGCAAUUGGUUGUGCUUUACUAGGUAAUCGUUUAAUGGCUGUGGGGGGAUAUGAUGGCAAUCAUUAUUUAAAGACUGUGGAAGAAUAUGAUCCAGAGGCGAAUGAGUGGAAUCAGGUCUCGCCGUUAACUUGUAGUCGCGCCGGAGCUUGUAUUGUCGCUAUACCCAAUAUUAUUCCGCCAACAUCAUUGCUGCCCAGUUCAACAAAGAAAUGGAAACCGGUUAGGUUAAAUCCGAUUUGCUAUCGCCGUACAGUGGAUUUUGUCGAUUACUACAAUCUUUAGAAUUAAGCGAUUUUAUACUAUAUAAAUAUUUAAUGAAUGAAGCAUUCUUUACACGCGAUAUGUAUUAUUUUAUACAAAGCAACAAUUUUAUCAUAGUUUAAAGCGAAAAUAUUUUUUUAAAUAUAAUGAUUUAUUUUACUAUAGUCUCCGCACACGAAGAACGUACAAGAAAAUAAAAAUGAAUAAACUUUA